AAAAAAAAAAAAAAAAAAAAGAGGAAUUUUUUACACAGCAGAGAGGAGAGAGCAUUCGUCGUCGUCAUCGUCAUUACACCAAAAGUGCAGAAGAGAAGAGAUUGAAAAAAGAGUCAAACUUUAACCCUAAAGCCCAAGACUCUUCCUUUGGCUUCUUCUUCUUCUUUCUUCUCCUGUGCCCUUUGGUUUCUUUCUCUCCCUCUAGAUUUCCCCUUUCUUGGAAACCCUUAAUUUCUUCAAAGCUUGAAGCUUUGAUUCUGUCUUCGUUCCCAAUCUCUCUCCCCUUGAUUCGUCGAAUCUCGGGGCUCUUUGGUCUCAUCAGGGUCGAAUUGCUGUCAAAACCCUAACUUUGGUUCGACUCCGGAUUGUGGGGUCUUCUCAAGCUUCCUAUUGGGUUUACUUCCAUCAAUGGGCUUGCGCUGUCGCCAGUGCUAAGUUUUAUGCUGUAAGGAGAAAUUGCAAUAUAAGUGGAAGUCCGUGAAAAAUUUUCUUAUGGUGCUAGAUUGUGGAUUAGUUCUUAGAGUUUAUUAUGGUAUGUUGAUGUCAGAACCAGUAUGCUGGCUAUAGUUUGGAGAAAUGCAAAGGUAUCAUGCUGCCAACUGCACUAGUGCAGUCAAUAAUAGUGCUAUAGGUGGUGCAUCCGCUAGGGACUCAGGACGAGCUGAUUCCUCUUCCAUUGGAAACUACUCGCUAAACUCCAGGAGGCCACCUCCAUUGACACCCUACAAGUUGAAGUGUGAAAAGGACGGUCUAAAUUCCCGAUUAGGACCGCCUGAUUUUCAUCCUCCAACAUCAAGUUCGCCUGAAGAAAAUUUGACCAAAGAGUAUGUUCAAUAUGGAUACAAGGAAACUGUUGAUGGACUUAAGGAAGCCGAAGAGAUUAUAUUGUCCCAGGUCAAUACUUUCUCGAAGCCUGUGGUCCUAAAGUGCAAAGAGGCCGUUAGAAAGUGUCUUAGAGCUAUCAAUGAAUCUCGUGCACUCAAGCGCAAGGCUGGUCAAGUUUAUGGGGUGCCUCUCUCUGGUUCGCUUCUAUGUAAGCCUGGAUUUCCAGAACAGAGAUCAUGUGGGGAGGAGACAAAGAAAAAAUGGAUCGAGAGUUUAUCGCAACAGCACAAAAGAUUACGCUGUUUGGCUGAUAACAUUCCUGGAUAUAGGAGAAAAACCUUAUUUGAAGUCCUUAUAAGGAACAACGUCCCGUUAUUGAGAGCUACUUGGAUUAUAAAAGUGACUUAUCUCAAUCAGGUGCGACCUAGUCCUGCUGCUAUUUCUUCAGGAACACCUGACAAGACACAAGCUUCUCGGUGUGAACAAUGGACAAAAGAUGUUAUCGAAUAUUUGCAAUACCUCUUGGAUGAACUUUUGUCACGAAAUAGCUCAUUUCCUGCUCAGCAAACUAGAGAUAGGUCACCGCAGAUGCUUUAUACAGGAUCAGUGCAAAAGAUUAGUCCAGCAUCAGCAAGCCUUUAUGGGGAGGAAACAUCUCUGCAUUUUAAAUGGUGGUAUAUGGUGCGUCUUCUACAGUGGCACCAUGCCGAAGGGCUUCUUUUUCCUAAUCUCAUUGUUGAUUGGGUUCUCCGGCUCUUGCAGGAAAAGGAGGUCUUUGAAAUUUUGCAGUUGCUACUCCCCAUCGUGUAUGGUGUUUUAGAGAGCAUUGUUCUCUCUCAGACAUAUGUACAGAGUCUUGUAGCUAUUGCUGUCCGUUUCAUUCAGGAACCUGCUCCUGGUGGAUCUGAUCUUGUUGAUAACUCUCGAAGAGCUUAUACUCUCUCUGCGCUAAUUGAGAUGGUUCGCUACUUGGUAGUUGCUGCAUCCGACACGUUUGUUGCUUUGGAUUGCUUUCCUCUUCCUCCUUCUGUAGCAGCAUGUGGACCCAAUGAUGUGAGCUAUACGUCAAAGGCAAAGGCUUAUGAGAAUUUGGAAAAGCUGAAAAGUAAUUCUGCAGAGAUUUCUACCCAGCAUCAAGGAAGAGGAGUUGAUUCCCGGUUUGAGUUCCUUUCUUUUGAUUAUACCAUUUCAACCAUUCAAAGAAGUGCAGAUGAUUUGGCAAAGAUAGCUAGCGCUGGUUAUCCUCAACAUAAUGUGGCUAAAGCUGUUCAGGCCUUGGAUAAAGCUUUGUCAGAUGGAGAUAUCAGAGCUGCUUACAGUUAUCUCUUUGAGGACCUUUGCAAUGGAGCCGUUGAUGAGACCUGGAUAGCUGAAGUGAGUCCAUGCUUAAGAUCAUCUCUUAGAUGGAUUGGCGCUGUUAGCACAUCCUUUGUUUGCUCCGUUUUUUUCCUUAUUGAAUGGGCGACAUGUGAUUUUAGAGAUUUCCGCGCUGGUGUGCCUAAAGAUAUCAAAUUCUCUGGCAGAAAAGAUUGUUCUCAGGUGUAUUUAGUCAUUCAGCUUCUGAAGCAAAAGAUUCUGGGUGGAGAAUUCGCAGCUCGCAAAGGGAAGAAUCGUCGCAGCAAUUUUCUUAAUGUUUCUAAACCCAGCAGUCCAAGGGAUGCGUUUGAAAGUCCGGGGCCAUUACAUGAUAUCAUAGUCUGUUGGAUUGAUCAGCAUGAGGUACACAGAGGAGGAGCAAAACGCUUGCAAUUGCUGGUAUUUGAACUUAUACGUUCUGGAAUCUUUAAUCCCAUAGCAUACGUUAGGCAACUCUUAGUUAGCGGGAUAAUCGAUGUGAUUCAACCUGCUGUUGAUCCUGAAAGGAGAAUGAGACACCAUCGCAUAUUGAAACAGCUACCUGGGUGUUUUGUACAUGAAACCUUAGAGGAAGCUCAGAUCUUUGGAGGGGAUAAGCUUUCCGAGGCUGUGAGAACUUAUUCUAAUGAACGCCGUCUUCUUCUUCGAGAGUUACUGGUUAAGAAAGGUAAAUAUUGGAAUAAAUUAAUUCUGUCUGAUCAGAAGUCAAAGAGAAUUUCCUCUUCCCUUUCGUCUGUUGUUUUUCGGACGUGUAAUGCCAUGGCCGAUAGUGAAGGACCUCACAAACAUACCAAGAGUAGUGUGGAUAUUAGAGAACUAAAGGAGCGCAUAUCAGCUCUACUGCAGUUUCCAGGUAUGUCAUAUGGUGUGAAAAAUCCAAUGCGAGAUGAAUUUCAAAGUAGUGUUAAGAGAUCAAGUGGAUCUGUGUAUAGCAAGAUUUACCAACCAGAAGCUACACCAGGGUGUGAAGACUGUAGAAGAGCAAAACGGCAAAAAAUGAGCGAUGAAAAGAGCUCUUUCUAUCAAGGGAAUUCACCAAUUGCAUCAGAUGAAGAAGAUAACUGGUGGUUCAAGAAAGGUUUUAAAACUAUGGAGUCUUCGCUGAAGGUUGAUCCUCAGAUAGAGUUAACUAAACAAGUACCACGGGGUAGGCAGAAGAUGGCACGCAAGACACAGUCGCUGGCUCAACUACAAGCUGCUAGGAUUGAAGGUAGCCAGGGCGCUUCAACAAGUCAUGUUUGUGAUAAUAAAGUAAGCUGUCCUCAUCAUGGCCCUGGAGUGGAAGGAGAGAAUCAUAAAGUGGUUGAUGUGUUUAGAACUUCUACCCCUGUGGAUAUUGUAUCUGUUGGAAAAUCUUUGAAACAGCUACAGUUUGUUGAUAAGCGGUCUAUUGCAGUUUGGCUAACAACUCUUGUUCGGCAACUUGUUGAAGAGCCCGAAAAGAGCAGUGUGAGAGUUGGGCAGUUCAAUAGAGGUACUCCAGUUGAGGAGAAGAGCACAAGUAGGUGGAAGCUUGGGGUCGAUGAGCUAUCUACUAUAUUAUUUCUCUUGGAUAUCUCUCUUGACUUUGUUUCAGUGGUUAAAUUUCUUUUAUGGCUGUUGCCAAAGGCCAACAGUAGCCCAAGUUUUGCCGUUCAAGGUGGAAGAAAUCUUCUAAUUAUGCCAAGGAAUGUUGCAAACAACAUGUGUGAGAUAGGGGAGGCUAUUCUAGUAUCAUCACUGAGGAGGUAUGAAAAUAUACUACUUUCAACAGAUCUUGUUCCUGAGGCCAUGACAGCUUUGAUGAACCGUGCUGCAUCACUGAUGUCCAGUAAUGGAAAAAUUUCUGGAUCAGCAGCCUUAGUUUAUGCUCGCUAUAUUUUGAAAAGAUAUGGAAGUCUUCCCAGUGUUGUGGAAUGGCAUAACAAUUUCAAAGCAACAUGCGAAAAGAGGCUUCUCUCUGAACUAGAUCAUACGCGAUCAGGAAAUGAGUAUGGGAUCCCCCUUGGAGUUCCAGCAGGAGUUGAAAAUCCAGAUGACUAUAUACGUAAAAAAAUCAGCAUUGGCGGUACACGUCCUUCAAGAGUGGGUUUCAAUAUGCGAGAUGUUGUGCAACGACAUGUUGAAGAGGCGACUCAUUAUCUCAGAAAACUCAUUGGUACUGGUACUAUGAAAGCCUCACUUGCUGAGAAAAACGAUGACGGGUAUCAGGUGGCUCAACAAAUUGUAGUUGGACUAAUGGACUGCAUUAGACAGACUGGCGGUGCAGCUCAAGAGGGGGAUCCCACUUUGGUUUCUUCUGCGGUUUCUGCAAUUAUAAACAGUGUAGGCCUUUCGAUGGCAAGGAUUUCAGAUUUCUCUUUGGGAACCAUUCAUCAGACUCAUCCAUCUGGCAUCGAUUCAUCUAAUAUUGCACGAUACAUUUUGCAAAUUCAUAUAACCUGUCUAUGCCUUCUAAAGGAAGCUCUUGGAGAGCGUCAAAGCCGAGUGUUUGAAAUAGCACUUGCAACAGAAAGUUCCACUGCUCUUGCUGGAGCUUUUUCCCCUGGGAAGGGAUCCCGAGGUCAGCAUCAGUUAUCUCCUGAAUCCUAUGAUUCAAAUGCGAACAAUUCAACAAAUGAUAUGCCGAAUGGUACUAGCAAAAUAGCGGCGAGCAGAGCAACAAAACUUACUGCAGCUGUAUCUGCACUUGUUAUAGGUUCUAUCACACAUGGUGUUAUAACCCUUGAAAGGAUUGUUGGUCUGCUGAGACUAAAGGAGUACCUAGAUUUUGUUCAGUUUGUAAGGCGUACAAAAUCAAGUUCUAAUGGCAGUGCUAGGUCCAUGGGAGCGUCUAAAGUGGAAAGCCCUAUUGAAGUGUAUGUACAUUGGUUCAGACUCCUUGUUGGUAACUGCAAAACUGUUUCGGAAGGGCUGGUUUUGGAGCUUGUGGGAGAAUCUUCCGUGGUGGCUAUAUCACGCAUGCAACGCAUGCUUCCGCUGAAAUUGGUCUUCCCACCAGCUUAUUCAAUUAUUGCGUUUGUUCUGUGGAGGCCUUUUGUUUUGAAUAAUAACUCUAACUCCAGCGUCCAUGAAGACACUCACCGCCUUUAUCAGUCUUUGACGACAGCCUUCCAUGAUGUUAUUAAGCACCUUCCUUUCCGAGACGUGUGUUUGAGAGACACCCAGGGACUUUAUGAACUGAUCGUUGCUGAUUCCACAGAUGCUGAUUUUGCGUCGGUAUUUGAAUCGAUUGGUUUGGAUAUGCACUUGAAGUCUGUGGCCUUUGCUCCUCUUCGAGCGCGUCUUUUCUUAAAUUCCAUAAUUGAUUGUAAGGUGCCAUCCUCUGGUUAUUCCCAUGAAGGAGUUAGCGAAGCAAAAAACCGACACCAGGGAAGUGGAACAAAGCUUGUGGACAAGCUUGUAUCUGUAUUAGAUUGCCUGCAACCUGCAAAAUUUCACUGGCAGUGGGUGGAACUCAGGUUGCUUCUAAAUGAGCAAGCCCUAACUGAGAAACUCGAAAAUCACGAUAUGCCUUUGGCAGAUGCAAUACGAUCUUCCUGUCCUACCUCUGAGAAGCCUGAGGCCUCUGAGAAUGAGAAAAAUUUCAUUCAAAUCCUCCUCACAAGGUUAUUGGUUACUGUAUCUGCACUUGUUAUAGGUUCUAUCACACAUGGUGUUAUAACACUUGAAAGGAUUGUUGGUCUGCUGAGACUAAAGGAGUACCUAGAUUUUGUUCAGUUUGUAAGGCGUACAAAAUCAAGUUCUAACNGAUUACUGCCUGUCAUCUGCGGCAACUCCAGUUCUGAUCCUAUUACGGGGAACAAGGCAGAUAAGAAAAGGAAGUUGGAAAUUACGUCUAUUGAAGAAGGGGAAGUGAUCGAGGAAGGGUCAGUGCUUGGAAGCCGAGUUGUUUAUGAAGAUUAUGCUGUAUGCUCUCCUCGUAGUGACCCAUCAAAGGUGGAGACAGAUUCAACAUUAGAUCCUUCUGCCAUGGCAGAUCUCUCUAGUGAAGUCUUAUUUGACCGGUUACUGUUUGUACUCCAUGGGCUGUUAAGCAAUCACCAGCCAAACUGGCUAAAGCCAAGGCCUCUCUCUAGUGAAUCAUCCAAAGACUUUACCUUGUUUGACCGCGAUGCAGCAGAGAGCUUACAGAAUGAGCUUUCGCGGAUGCAGUUACCAGACACCAUUAGAUGGCGGAUACAAGCAGCGAUGCCCAUCCUUUUUUCUUCUCUACGCUGUUCUCUCUCGUGCCAGCCUCAUUCUGUUCCGCCAACCGCAGUCACACUUGUUCAACCUUCUGGAUCUGGUGGUGGUGGACCCAUUCAAAGACACUCCCCUGCCUUACCGAAAACUGGAACUGCAGCAGCGCAAGGGAAGCUGAAGCAGACAAUGUUGUCACCACCUCAACAACAAGAAGUAGACAACACAGAUGUGGUUGACCCAUGGACGCUUCUCGAAGAUGGGACAAGUUCAGGUCUAUCAAGCAGCAACGUUUCAAACAGCAGUGACAUGGCCAAUCUUCGAGCCACCUGUUGGCUGAAAGGUGCAGUGAGGGUCAGACGGACUGAUCUGACUUAUGUUGGUUCAGUAGACGACGACCGCUGAAUUAUUCUACUGUUUCAUAGUUUUUGUUUUUGAUGAUCAAGGGAGCUCUGAAAAAGUGAGAAGCAAGGAGCAAAAGGCUUGGAUCUUCGGUGCCUUAGACUGUACUAUCAUUGAUUGAGGGCUCAUGAAGAAGGAAGUCUGAAUGAGAAAUCUCUAUGAGUCUGUGUGGCUUCUUCAGAUCUUUGUAUCUUAAUUACUAACCCUUUUGCUUUUUGGUCACACCACUUCAUACCCCACCGGACCCAUGCUGGUUCGGAACCCUGUUGUAUAUAUAGGGAUUCGAAAUUAAUUGUCUCAGUUCCCUUGUUCCAUUAUUUAUGAUCCACUAAAAAAAUUAUUA